AUGGCCGCGGUGGCAGCUCCGGGGGCCCUGGGCGGAGGAGCUGGAGCCGGGAGCCCGAGCCCGCCGCUGGCGGAGUCUGCUGGUAGGGACUUCUACUGGUUGCGCUCCCUCGUGGCUGAAGGUAUCGCAGGAUGUUGUGCCAAAACAACCAUUGCACCUUUGGAUCGAGUGAAGAUACUAUUACAGGCACAUAAUCACCAUUACAAACAUUUAGGAGUAUUUUCUACCUUGUGUGCUGUCCCUAAAAAAGAAGGGUAUCUUGGAUUGUAUAAAGGAAAUGGAGCAAUGAUGAUUAGAAUCUUCCCAUAUGGUGCAAUUCAAUUUAUGUCCUUUGACCAUUACAAAAAGUUAAUUACCACUAAACUUGGGAUUUCUGGACAUGUACAUCGGCUAAUGCCUGGCUCCAUGGCAGGCAUGACAGCAGUCAUUUGUACUUACCCACUUGACAUGGUUAGAGUUCGCCUGGCAUUCCAGGUGAAAGGAGAACACACAUACACAGGAAUUGUUCAUGCAUUCAAGACAAUUUAUGCAAAGGAAGGUGGUUUUCGUGGGUUUUACAGAGGAAUGAUGCCUACUAUUAUAGGAAUGGCUCCCUAUGCAGGAGUUUCAUUUUUUACUUUUGGUACCUUAAAGAGCAUUGGUCUCUCUCAUGCUCCUACCUUGCUUGGAAGACCUUCAUCAGACAACCCUAAUGUCUUAGUUUUGAAAACACACAUUAACUUGCUUUGUGGUGGCAUUGCUGGAGCAAUAGCACAGACAAUAUCUUAUCCACUUGAUGUAACUCGUCGUGGAAUGCAAUUAGGGACGGUUCUCCCAGAUUCUGAAAAGUGCCUUACAAUGUUGAAGACACUGAAGUAUAUCUAUGGAUACCAUGGAAUUCGCAGAGGACUGUAUCGGGGCCUGUCUCUGAACUAUAUUCGCUGCAUUCCCUCACAAGCGGUGGCGUUUACAACCUACGAACUCAUGAAGCAAUUUUUGCACCUGAACUAA